AAGGAUAGAACUGGCGAUCUCCAAGGAGUCCUCGCCUUCGUCGUCAAAAUCGGCAGCUGAGCCGCCGUGGCCAUGGACGGGCACGAUGGCAGUCUCCUUGCCUGCCACGAAACUUCACACCAUAUAUUUCCGAGCCUGCACCCUUUCCGGUUCAAACUGUCCUGGCCUUGAUGGUGGACUACAGACUACUCGGCCCGCCGGAGGCUCGCCAUGCCGCGAUGAUCACGGUGGCGGCGCCGACCGACGAGGCGUUCUCAUACCCGAAACAUUGCAACGUGAAGAAGGAGAGUGGCGCGCUGGGGCCAGCGGGGAAGACGCGCACGAAGAAACGGUCGCCGACGUUCCCGUCCUCGGGGGACCCCUGCCUCGACUUCUUCUUCCGCGUGUUGCCCGCCACGCCGGCCGCCACCGUGGCCAGGCUCCUCGCCGCCGCGUGGGCCGCCGACCCGUCCACCGCGCUCCGCCUGGUCGCCAACCUCCGCGGCGUGCGGGGCUCCGGCAAGUCCGACCGCGAAAGUUUCUACGCCGCCGCGCUCUGGCUCCACGCCCGCCACCCCGCCACGCUCGCGCGCAACGCCGCCUCCGUCGCCACCUUCGGCUACCUCAAGGAUCUCCCCGAGCUGCUCCACCGGAUCGUGCGCGGCGGCGUCUCCAACAAAGCAGAAAGGAGGACGGCCCUCCUUGCCACCGGCCGCCGCGGCCCCUUUGGCCUCGGGCGCUGCCGCGACUCACUCGGGCGCACCCGCAACUUCCGCAAGCGCAGGCCGCGCCCCAAGGUGGACCGUGCUGCGCGCGUCGGCACGGCGGAGGAGCGUCUCGCGGCAAAGCUGCGGCACGACCGGGAGCUAUCGGCUGCGGCGGCCGUGUCGCGCCGGAGCAAGAGGGUGGAUACCGCUGCGACGGCGAUUCGGCGGUACUUCUGCGACCCCACGUACCGGCUCCUGCACGACCGCACGGCCGAUCUGUUUGCCAGCCUCCUCGUGGAGGACAUGCGCAAGCUCGCCAACGGCGACGUCCGGGAGCUCUCGCUCGCGGCGAAGUGGUGCCCGUCGCUAGGCUCGUCGUACGACCGCUCCACUCUCCUCUGCGAGGCCGUCGCGCGACGCCUCUUCCCCAGAGGCUCGUCGCUGGAGCUGACCGAUGAUCUCCUGGACGGGCAUUAUGCUUAUCGCGCGCGCGAGCGCCUCCGUAGGACGGUGCUCGUGCCGCUCCGCCGCGCGCUACAGCUCCCCGAGGUCUUCAUGUCGGCGCGCGCGUGGGAAUCGGUCGUGUACACGCGCGUUGCCUCCGUGGCCAUGAAGAACUACCAGGCCGUCUUCCUCAAGCACGACGCCGAGCGCUUCAACGCUUACCUCGCCGAUGUCAAGUCGGGCAAGAAGCGGAUCGCUGCGGGCGCGCUGCUCCCUCACCAGAUCAUCGAGUCCCUCGGCGAGGACGGCGACGGUGCUGGCACCGGCGUGGCCGACAUGCAGUGGCGGCGCAUGGUCGACGACAUGCGCGCCCUCGGCAAGCUCACCAACUGCGUGGCCCGCAGCGAUCGGCAAGCUCACCAACUGCGCGCCCUCGGCAAGCUCACCAACUGCGUGGCCGUGUGCGACGUGUCGGGCAGCAUGUCCGGCUUGCCCAUGGACGUCUGCGUGGCGCUCGGCCUCCUCGUGUCCGAACUCACGGACGACCCGUGGCGCGGCCGCGUGAUCACCUUCAGCGAGCGCCCGGAGAUCCACUUGAUCACCGGCGACACCCUCUCCGAGAAGGUGAGCUUCGUGCGCGCCAUGGAGUGGGGCAUGAACACGAACUUCCAGGCAGUGUUUGACAAGAUCCUGGACGUGGCCGUGGCCGCCGGUCUGCCGCCGGAGAGGAUGGUGCGGCGGGUGUUGGUGUUCAGCGACAUGGAGUUCGACCAGGCGUCGGCUCAUCCGUGGGAGACAGACUACGAGGCGAUCGUGAGGAAGUUCUUGGAAGCCGGGUACGGCUCGGCCGUGCCAGAGAUAGUGUUCUGGAACCUGGCGUACUCCAAGGCCGUGCCGGUGAUGUCCGGCCAGCAAGGGGUGGCGCUGGUCAGCGGCUUCUCCAAGAACUUGCUCAAGCUGUUCCUCGACGGCGGCGGCAUCGUCACCCCGAGGACCAUCAUGGAGAAGGCCAUCGUCGGCCCGGAGUACGACAAGCUCACCGUUUUCGACUGAAGAAGACAGCGGCAAAACAAAAACUUCCAUAUGUAUGAAGCUGUAUGCACUAAAAAGCGGCGCAAUCUCAUCAACUGUAUUGCAUUUGCAUAUGUCAAAUCACAAGUUCACACGCUGCCACUAAAUUAAGCACAUUGCUACUACUAGCUCACUACUAAUACAUUCGAAUCGUCCAAUGAUUCUCGAA